AUGGCCGCGGCGGAAGCAGCCUCCUCCGCGCCAGCUCCCGAGCGUCUCCUGGAGGUGGAGGAGGACGAGGUGGUGAUCGACUUCAAGCCCAACGCCAAGUGCCGCGCCGACCUCCGCCUCCGCUCGCUGCACCCGUCCCUCCCCGUCGCCUUCAAGGUCCAGACCUCCUCCCCGCUCAAGUUCCUCGUCAGCCCGCCGCGCGGCGCCGUGCCGUCGCUCUCCACGGCGUCCCUCCGCGUCGUGCUCCGCCCGCAGCCGCACGCGCCGCCGUCCUUCCCGCGCUCCCGCGCCGACCGCUUCCUCGUCCUCUCCUCGCUCUCCGCGGCGCGCCUCGACUCCGCCGUGGGCGGCAGCAACGACGACGGCGGCGGCGGCGGAGGCGGAGUCAGCGCCGUCCGCCUCCGCGUGUUCUUCGGAGGGCCGUACCUGCUGCGCCUCGCCGCGGACGCCGGCGACGCCGCGGCCGUGCGCCUCAUCCUGCGCCGGCAGCCGCACCUGCUGCCGUUCCUGGAGCACCUGCAGGCCGAGGCGCCCGCCGACGCCGAGCAGUGGGCGCCGCAGCCGCUGCCGCUGCACGCGGCGGCCGCGAGGGGGGACUGCGGGGAGGUGAGGCGGCUGGGGCCCGAGGCGCUGGCCGCGCGUGACCGCGAAGGGAGGACGGUCCUGCACGCUGCGGCCGCGGCCGGCGAGGCCGAGGCAGUGGCCGUGCUGGUCGACAUGGGCGCCGACACGUCGGCGGUCGACGCGCGCGGGAGGACUCCGCUGGACGUGGCCCGCGAGAAGGGAUACCAAGAAGUGGUGGACGUCCUGGAACGGUGGGAGCUGGUCAUGACGGCGGCGAGGCGAGGCGACCUCGGGAGCCUCGAGUCCCUGCUCAGCAAGCGCGCGGGCAUCCGCGGGCGCGACCAGUACGGCCUCACGGCGCUCCACCUGGCGGCGAUCAAGGGCCACUGCGACGCGAUCGCCCUGCUCGCCGGGUCGGGCUGCAUGGACGUCGAGUGCGAGGACGUGGAAGGCCACAGGCCGCUGCACCUCGCGGUCGAGGGCGGCCACGCCGAGGCCGUGGAGCUGCUGCUCGACAUGGGCGCCGACGUCAACGCCAGGACCAGGCGCGGCGCCACGCCGCUCCAGAUGGCGGAGGCCAUGGGGUACGAGGCCGUCGCUCAGGUUCUGUGCGCUAGAGGCGCAGAGGUGGCUGCUGCACCGGCGUUGUGCGUCGCGUCGUCGUCUUCAUCGUCCAUAUCGUGCGCCUGA